AUGAGAGGAAAACGGUCAAAACAAUAUCGCAAGCUCAUGGAGCAAUUCUCCAUGACCUUCGGCUUUCGCGAACCGUAUCAGAUUCUAGUGGACGCGGAAAUGAUCAAGGAUGCGAAUAGAUUCACAAUGGAUCUGGCGCCUGCGCUGGAAAGGACAGUCCACGGAAAAGUGAAGCCAUUAAUUACUCAAUGCGAAAUCCGAAAAUUAUACGCAGACAAAGACCAGCCUGGCGGCAAUGCGGCGAUUGAGCUGGCGAAGACAUUCGAACGAAGGCGCUGCGGUCACCACCCCGACCAGUACCCCAAACCUCUCGAAACGAUAGAGUGCAUGCAGUCCGUCGUCGAUCCCAAGUCAACAGGCGAGAAUAAACAUCGCUACGUGGUCGCAAGCCAAAGCUUGGAUGUUCGAAGGAUGCUUCGAGGAAUCAGAGGCGUCCCGCUGAUAUACAUUAAGCGGAGCGUCAUGAUCUUGGAGCCCAUGGCAGACGAGAGUGUACAGAUCCGAGAGCGAGAGGAGAAACGAAAAUUCAGAGCAGAGCUCAAGAAACCGCUGGGCAAGAGGAAACGCGAAGACAAGGAUGAAAAAAAUGAGGGCGAGGCCGAUGGUGAUGGAAGCGACAGCGACGAAAACAAGGCAGCACCGGCAUCCGGAUCAGAAAAGAAACCUAAAAAGAACAGAGGAGUCAAGGGAGUGAACCCAUUGGCUAUGAAAAAGAAGAAGGCCCAGCCCUUACCGAAGAAGGCGGCUGAGAAGAAGCCAGAUGCCGAAUCAGAUGCACCAGCCAAGCGGAAGCGAAGAAGAAAGGCCAAGCCAGAGGAUGGCGCAACAAAUAAUGCGUCAGAGCCGAGCGCAGCGGCUCUUAGCAAUGGUGGGGAGGAAAGCUGA